AAAAAAAAAAAAAAAAAGGGAAUAAUCCUGUCUUAGAGAUAAAUGAUAUCGAUAGCGAUAUUUUAGAGCGUCUAAUAACCUUUUGCUACACCGGCCAGACGCUGAUUACCGUUAGCAAUGUCGGUGCCAUGCUGAAAGCGGCAAUCCUGUUACAAUUGGACGAUGGUUUAGGCAGUUGUGUGAACUUCCUUAUGGCACAUAUAGAUGAAUACACAUUACACGAUGCUUAUAUGCUUGAGCGAGAAACGCGAUGUGAACUCCUUAAGCAGAAAUUCAUUGAAUACGAAACAAGGAAUUUCAUGGAGAUCAGCCAAAGCGAUGAGUUUCUGAGUUUUGAUCUUGAAAAAAUGCAACGUAUUCUGGAAUCUGACAAUUUGAAUAUAACACGUGAGGAAGUUGCCUUCGAGGCCAUAAAACGCUGGUUCAAUUACGAUGAUACGUUGUUUCAAUUUCAACAAGUCAGUUCUUGGUCUUACAAACCAACCAUUUGA